CUUCACAACAUCAACAGCACAAUCCACUACGAGAUGCGACAAACUUCGCCAUGAGAGACCCUACAUUUAUUCAAAACUGGAUUAAUGCAGUCGACCUGAAUAAGGACAUCCAAAAUACCACAGACCCCAAAACUACGGGCAAGCGGGCAUAUCCAAGUCCUGAGCCUGAUGAAAUGAGUGACUUGACUCCAGAGAGGACCAAGAAGAGAAAAACAGCCAGCACCGAUGACGACGAUGGGAUCGAGGACGUAGAUGCUGAAACAACACCGAGAGCACUAUUGAUGCCUUCAAGACCAGCACCAUCUCCGUCACCCUCGCCGACCAAGUCAUCUGCCAGCAUCAGAUCAGCAAGUCUGAGAUCCAGCUCUCAAGCUUCAUCCCGCGCAUCAUCCUCGCGCCGCAAACUCUCGAACCUAAGCUUAGUAGAGCACGGUGUCCAGCGACAACAACUAAACGGUCCCAAUACUCCUAACCUUCCGCAACCAAUUGUCGAUGCGCUCAAGACGAUUCAGCGCCUGGAACGGGGCAAACACGUCUUUGCAUCAACCUUAGACAGGAGCAGAUUUACAUCCCUACUGGACGUGAAUGAUCUAGAUGAUAGGGCUUUCGCCACGGAUAGGGAUGUUGGAAGCCAUUUAUCACCGGAAGAUGUUGAUGAAAUCUUGGCUGAUGCUGAGAGAUGCUUCAAGAUGGACCAUGACGAGGGUGUUUGGAAUGUAGAGGUACACCAAUAUUUACUAAAAAAGGUUUUGCGGAGAUCUGGCUCCAGCCGCCUUGUCGAUUUCACACUCUGUACCACUGCCCCCAUCAUUCGCGACUAUCUACCUCCCCGUACAGCGGAGAAAAGAGUAGACUUUUGCUUCUUUAUUGACCCGAGUUGCGAUCCCUCCUAUAAACCAAGGAUCGAAACCCUUGUAAAGUCGCUUCCCGAAAUGAGUAUCAGCCAUACCUCCUACGGACCUUUGCGCGUACGCCCAACGACAGUAAGUCUGGAGACUAAGAGACCCGGGAAUGAUUUCGAUGGUGCAAUCCUACAAAUCAGCGUUUGGCAAUCAGCUCACUGGGUCAUGCUGCGUUCACUACUGAGCCGAACAUGGCCAGGGAAACAAGCCUGCGGACUGUCGAGGAAGGAUUACGCCAACAAAGGCCUUAGGGAACUGGGCGCUUUGCACGGCAUAGUGAUUCAAGGUCAUGACUGGAUAUACGUCGCGACAUCUCCAGAGUUUGUCAAUGAGGAGGGAAGGGAAUCUACACGAACGCAACUUUGGCUUUAUGAACCAAUUGGGCGCACAAAUACUGCGUUCGGCGUGCAUAAAGUCUCUGCAUUCCUUGAAUUUUUAAAGACGUGGAGCCUACAGACCUAUUGGCCAUGGUAUAAACGAUAUUUCCUUGAUGAUAUUGCCGAUGAGUUCAUCGCCGAGACGAACGACGAAGCUUUCGACGGGACACGUGCUCUUGACCUCCUACAACGCCGAGUUGUCCUUGACUAUGGCAGCAAGAAGACAGGGUCGAGGCCUGCGAGCGAGGAGGACGAUUAUUAUCCCGUCUUUCGACUCGAUUUCGUCAGCGUCGUCGGUCUGCCUCGUCGGCCGAUCUGUCGGUCUAGCCACUUCUUCGAUAACAUCACCAUAUCAUUUCGACAGUGGAACGCCACGUACAGCGCCAAGCAUGUGCAGGGCAUCGAUUUCGACCUGACUGGCCGCACCUUUCGCAUAGCUACCGGCGCCACCAGGGAAGCCUGGUUUAUCGUCAUGCAUCCAAGUCAGAGAGCUGCUGGUGCCAACAACCCCCGCCGGCGACACGAUACAACACAUACAAGGACUGCUAUUGUGCAGGGUCGUGCUCUGAUGCUUGCGUCGUACAUCAAGGACAUCUUCCUCCGAGGCGAGCUCCUUGGCGAAGGAGUUGAGCCGAGAUGGACUCUCUGGGGCAAGGAGACGCAGAUGAUAGCCUUUGACAAGUGGGUCAUAUUCCAGACACUAUUCAUGGAUGGCUGGACGGGGUUCCUCGAGAGGUUUUCUGCUCAAGGCGAUGCUUUCUGGGCCUAUCAUCAACCUGCUUUCCAUGCGUACGACUAUGGUGCCAACAUCAACAUAGAGGUCAACGAAGGCAUAGCCAACCUCGAAGAAGAAUCCGUCAUCAGAUCAGCCUACUCUGACGAGCCGAGUGAUGAGAGCGAUGAGGGUGACGAUGAACAGAGUAGCUUGCAGACAAUGCAGCAAGUAUGGGACCACGAUGGAGAGAUGCAUCGCCGAUAUGACGUCGAAAUAGAGGAUGACGACGGCCUAUUUGCGACAAACGGGCCAGAUAACAUCGCCCCCCGAUCACCUUCCAACUUCAGCCCCGGGGGUACCGACGUGGAUCAUCGAGGCCGUGAGGAUGAAGUCGACGCGAACGGGUACAACGGCGACGACGACAAUGGUGACAAUGAGCGGGAGUGGAGGUUUCUCGAGUGGAUGGACGAGUCUGAAAACAGUUCUAUGAGCCAGCCCACCGGGACACGGCUACAAGAUGAGGGGAAUGAAGACAAUGGGCAGACCGAUCCUCAUCAGCAGUCAGUAGGCACAGGUGCUGAGGACAACGACGACAUCCGUCAAAGGCAAACACCGGACGUCUCACCAUCCAGUCUGCCUCCGUCGUCAGCAUCAGAGGAUCAGAGGGAAUAUGAUGCGUUGUACAGUCCUGGUCUGAUGCGAUUGCGUGAAGCCCUUGAAGCGAAGUACAACCUCGACAACAUCAGCCACGUCUCCUACGCCCUGGCUGUUGACGUCAAUUGUACCGCAGCAAAUAAGGAUCCCGAUGCAGAAGGAAGACCAGGUCCUCCUGUGUGUCUACUUGCCGACCGUAACCGGGUGGCUGGGGAGUUUUACGGGAGCAACUAUACCUUCUACCCACUAGGAUUUCACCCUGACAAUUAUUGUUUGCGUCGACAGCCUAAUCAAGCAUGUAGACCAGAAAUGCGCCGCAUUUCCACUUUUGCACCAAUCAGAGUCUCCAUUUUCCUACCUCGAAUUUCCCCUCUGGAAAUGCGCCGCAUUUCCAUUUGGGCCUGUAAACCGAGAACGCGAAAUGCGCCGCGUUUCCGUCGGCUGACCCUUGUCAAGUACAACAGCUUGACUACAGACCUAAACAACAACAUACAUGAACGUUGUCUAUUGAAAUUCACAUGCUCAAAAUGACUGCCAUUUACAACUGGCAGCUCACUAUCACCAUCAACUCGUUAGCAAAAAAAUAUUGGCCAAGACCUUGGCAGUUACCGCUGGCGUCGGCAAGCGCGGUGACAUCUUACAACCAGCGUAACUUCUCACCCAAUGGCUGACAAGCAACAAUGACGACGCC